CCCGGUUGAAGCUGCAGUCGGGUUAAGUUAGCAGGACAACCAAGGCAGCUCGAAUAUUAAAUGCAACAGUGAGGGUUCGAACCCCCGCUGGCUUCAUAUUGACAGGACGUGGUGCAGCGUCGGCAGGGACACAACAAGCCAAGCGCCCGCUCCUGCUGGAGACACCGGAUAGCUGCUGCGGCUAACUGUUUUAGCAAAGUAACAUCCUCUCUAGCUGCUAGCAUCUUCACAAAGCGGAGUUUGUGAAGCCUACACACUGAACGUCUUGUCACAGGGCUACAAACAACACCUGGAGGAUCGAUGAUGUCCGCGGCCAGCAUUGACCCGCAGAUAUCGAAAGGACAGGAUGCCAGCAAAGCUUUUCCCGUUUCAGUGCAGAACGGCUCCCUGCACCAGAAGGAUGCGGUCCACGACAACGACUUUGAGCCUUAUCUCACUGGACAGUCCAAUCAGAAUAACAGCUAUCAGUCCAUGACAGACCCAUACCUGUCCAGCUACUACGCCCCCUCCAUUGGAUUUCCUUACCCCCUCAGUGAGGCUCCGUGGUCUACAGGUGGUGACCCACCUAUACCCUACCUGACACCCUAUGCACCCCUCAGCAAUGGAGACCACCACUUCAUGCAUGACACAGUGUUUGGGCAGCCAGGGGGGCUCAGCAGCAGCAUUUAUCCACACAGGUUUAACUUUUUCCCAGAGAACCCGGCCUUCUCCGCCUGGGGUACCAGUGGUUCUCAGGGCCAGCAGACUCAAAGCUCAGCCUAUGGGGGGAGUUACAGCUACCCACCAAGCUCAUUAGGAGGCACCUUAGUCCCGGAUGGUCAGACCGGUUUCCAUAGCGACACCCUCAGCAAGGCUCCAGGUAUGAACAACCUAGAGCAGGGCAUGCUGAGCCUUAAAAUAGGCGGGGAUGUGACAGCAGGCAGCUCGGGUGUGAAAGCUGCUGGCUCGGUGAUCGGUGGUGGCGCUAGUGUCGCUGUUGCCACGGGCAACGGGGGAACUCCAGUAGGAAUGCCACCUCCGAAGCCGGCAUCGUGGGCUGCUAUCGCUAGUAAGCCCGCAAAGCUACAACAGCAAAAGACCAAGAACAAGCUUGGCACGCCCAUAGGUGGUGGACCUCUGCCCCCACCACCCAUCAAACACAACAUGGACAUUGACACGUGGGAUAAUAAAGUGAUCGCCACAAAGAUGGCUCCCCCUUUGCACCACCACCAACAGCACCAGGCGCAGCAGCUUCACUCACACCCUGCCAGCCUCUUGCCUCCUCUUCAGCAGUCGCUCCAGUCGGCCCAGUCUCUUGUGCAGCAGAUGACCAUGCAGGCUCCUCCGCCUCCUCCCCUCCAGUCCUACCAGAACCACAACUCCGCUCCAGCACCUCAGACCCGCUGGGUAGCCCCUCGCAAUCGCAACUUGUGUUACGGUGGCGGAAGCUUGGACAGUAGCGGCUCCUCAAGUGGCGGUGGUAUCGGUAACGGGGGUGGAGGAGGCGUCUGCUUGGGACUAGAGCCGGGCUGCGAGUCCCAUCCCGUCCUGGAGAAGCUGCGAGCAGCCCACAGUUACAACCCCAAGGAGUUUGACUGGAACCUGAAAAAUGGCCGAGUGUUCAUCAUCAAGAGCUACUCUGAAGAUGACAUCCACCGCUCCAUCAAGUACUCCAUCUGGUGUAGCACGGAGCACGGGAACAAACGUCUGGACUCUGCCUUCAGGGCCAUGAACUCCAAAGGUCCCGUUUACUUGUUGUUCAGCGUCAACGGCAGCGGCCAUUUCUGCGGUGUGGCGGAAAUGCGCUCGCCCGUGGACUAUGGCACCAGUGCUGGUGUUUGGGCGCAGGACAAGUGGAAGGGCAAGUUUGAUGUGAACUGGUUAUUUGUUAAGGACGUGCCUAACAGCCAGCUGCGCCACAUCCGCUUGGAGAACAACGACAACAAGCCAGUCACCAACUCGCGGGACACUCAAGAGGUUCCUCUGGAGAAGGCCAAGCAGGUGCUCAAGAUCAUCGCCCAGUACAAACACACCACCUCCAUCUUUGAUGACUUUUCUCACUAUGAGAAGAAGCAGGAGGAGGAAGAGGUGGUCAAAAAGAGCUAUGAACCUGCCACAAUACAGAACCGACCCCGACUCGAUCAGGAGUAUCACUGCAUCCAAAGCUUGUUUUCUUCGCUCUCCACGCAGGAUCGUCAGAAGUAAACAUGCGACGCCUUGUGGAAGCUCAAUUGCAGGUCCUGCUGGGAUGAAUACAAUGAAAUGUAUUUAGAUUUAACAAAAAGAAGACACAUGGACAUGAAGAAUAUUGAAGACUAAUAUUUUUUCUAUUUAAUUUUGUCGACUCUGGCCGGUCUUAACCACGUCACUCACUGCUCCCCGUCUUUAGGAAAUGUGAAGGGACGAAGUCUCUUUAGAAUUACAUACAUACUUUUUUUUUGUUUGUUUGUUUGUUGUUGUUUUUUUUUUCUUAAAAGCCUUAUUGCUGCCCCGGAACAUAAAAAAUUGACAUAAACCUGCACGUCUAUUUUUAAGAUCUCAUGACAACAUGCUGCUGAUAUUCAGUGACUGUUCACAUUGUGGUUUGUGUGUCGGAGAAAUGUGAAGUGCUUGUGUUGGUGAAUCUUGCGAGUGAACAAAUGUCUGCUAUUUGUGUGUGGCCACGUGUGUUUAAUAUUACCACAGAACAUUUUGUCAUGUCCAUUUUAGGAAUGUGUGCAAGUCUGCCUGCAGACAAAAUGUGCAAAAGGUUCAGACUUUUUUUUUUUUGUUUGUUUGUUUUUUUUUAAGCGCCCGAAAAAGAUUUGACUGAAUGAUGACACUAAUUUAAACUAGAGCGUCAUGGUGGAGAAAGCUUGUCAGUCUCUAUUUUUUCUUUCGUUCUUUCUCUCCACCGCAGAGCCUUAAUGUUUCUUUUCACAUAGUUUCAGACAGUUUCAGGGAAUUUGUGUAUCUGAUUAUGGUCCCUCUGCUAACAAAUAUAAUGUUUGGCUUUUUAUCUGUACUAAAUUUGCUUUCAGUCAGCUGCUUUUUUUUCUUCUCUCAUUUGUUCUCGUCUUGUCCAAAUCUGAUGUAGCAUGUAAUGCUUUUAAAACUUUGUCACUUGGUUUUGUUCUUUAUUAACAUACUAGUAUUUGAUGAUGGCGUCAUUUCCAUUGCUGUGACCCUCCCACAUGCACCAUCAGAUAAUAUAAGCUUUAAUGUACUGGCAUUUCUAACUGCAAACGCCUCAAACAUUUAACUGUAGCAUUAUACUUAACUGAUUUAUUCUUAGUGUAUGGACACCCAGAGACUAGCCUAUAUGCUAUAUGUUUGUGAUGUUUUUGUUUUUUUAAUAACUUGCUGUAUUCUGUCUUUGUGUGUGUGUGUUUGAAUGAGUGUGACAGUAAAGAGAGGGAGUAUGACUGCGGUGCAACCAGAGCUAUAUAACAGUAUUGGAUUAUAGAAAAAGUUAUGCAAAAAAAGUUUAAUGUCACCCCUGAAUUAAAUAUCAUUGUAUCAGAGGUCACUAUCACGUUCUUAGAUUUGAUCAUAUUCAUUAUUAAAGAUAUACAGUACUUACCUGUUA